ACUCCCACCCAAGCCAGUUUUCUGAGUACGUCGUGGGGGUGUGGAUGUGUAUAUCUUUCGUCAAUUUUACUUCCACUUGUUGCCAAAUUGAGUUGAUUAUUUGUAAAUGAUCAGUGUUAGUUUAAUCCAGUUGGUGGGAAUAAAUGAAAAAAAACAUUUGGAUUGAGCGGAUCGAUAGUGUUUAGCUUAUAAAAGAGAGACGGCCCAUGCGUGCUUGUGCUAUUAACACCAAAGGAAACAUUCCAGGUUCGCUCAUAGUAUCCUGGCACUGAAUGUUAAUGUAACCUACUGCUGUCAUGUGUUAGUGAUCAACUGAACCAUCUGCUGGGGAGUACAGUCGCAGGUGUCAUCGACAAACGGCUGAAAUGGUGCUGAAGAUGACUGUGUUGGGACUCGUCUUCCUAGCGACAAUUUCGACGACUUGGGGAUUUAAUGUUGGUGUCAAGAGUACAAGAUGCAACUUGGAUCCAAGUAAGGGUGAUCUAAAUGAUCCCUGCGGGUCACUGUAUGAUGCUGUGUGCCACGGACAACACUGUGUUUGUCCUCCAGGCACACACGAAGACAAAAAAUUGAGUCGCUGUUCUCCAGGUGAAGGUCCCAAAACAUCUCCAGGGAGCACAAAGGCAGCAGCAGGUGGAGAUUUAGACCUUCCUUUUGACUAUAAUCCCAACCAGCCAGCCCCAGCCCCUGCUCCAGCCCCAGCCCCUCAACCCAGACCUCAACCACCUCACCCAGGUAAACCACCAAGCUACAAUCCCAGUCAACCGGGAUACAAUCCUAAUCAACCAGGGGCCUACAACCCCAAUCAACCAGGGGCCUACAACCCCAAUCAACCAGGGGCCUACAACCCCAAUCAACCAGGAGCCUACAACCCCAAUCAACCAGGGGCCUACAACCCCAAUCAACCACCACCACCACCCUACAACCCUAAUCAACCUGGUCGUCAUGGUCCAACAAAAGGAGGUGGAGGUGGUAAUGACGUUGGAGAGAAGGCCGGUGGAGGCGUGGGUGGUGUCUUGGGACUUCUUCUCAUAGGAGGGCUUAUCUACUUCUGCUGCUGCCGAGGAGGAAAACACAAGGAUGUGAUGCAGAGGUUCCAGGGGCUGCCAUUUAUGCGUGGAGGAGGUGCACAAGCACCGGGAGGAGCUGUACAAAUGCAACAGAGUAUGCCUGUGCAGCAAGACCCUAACUUUGGCUCACAACACACAUACAUCCCACCAGGUGGUGAGGUCCCACCACCAGGACAAUAUCCACCUCCCCAGCAGCCUUACCCACCCGGUGGGGCAUAUCCAGCAUCGUAUUAUCAGCCACAGCCCGGGUAUGCACCGUACCCACCUCCAGGUGUUCCUCCUCCUCCGACGCAGACUUACCCAUCACAGCACAAUCCACCUUACCCAACUCCGGGAACCAAUGUACCUUACCCGGCCCAGGCAGCUCCAUAUGUGGCCACGGCUCCACUUCCAGGUUUUCCAGUCGAUGGCCAGCAACCCCCUCCCUACAGCCAGCAGUACCAGCCUAAUGCUCCUCCACCUCUUUAGACGCCCCUUUAUUGUUAGCUACGUAAACUCUUGGCCUUUAUGAUUGGUAACGAACUUUUGGCACCUUAAAUUGUUAGCUGUUUGUACCUUGAGAGCCCUUAUAAUUUUACCUAAUUUGACAUUGAAUUUGAUCAUCCAUUUGUUGCUACCCGGUAUGUGUGAUUUUAAUAACUGGUAGAAUUUUAUUAUGUUUGAAUUUUAGGUAAAAAAUUCUAGAUAUCGUAUGACCCUUCUAGGUCAGACGACAGUUCAGACUUAUGUAUAACACCCCCUCCCCCUCUUCUUUGAACCAUCAUUUGCUUCAAAAAAUCCCUUCUAAAAACAAAAUUAAGAUUAACAGUAUACAUUUACAUUACACUUACUUUUAUUAUAGCAGAUGAAUCUUCAGGUGAAGGACAAUGGGGGCGGCUCACACAUACGAUACAUACUGUAAAUUCACGCUUAAAUCUGGCUGAUGUCAUAAAAAGUACUCCUCUUCAGCCCAAAUUCCUCACAUAAGGUACCGCCUUACACGACCCCCUCCUAAGUCCGAGUUUGUCCAACUGGCAGGAGUUUCCAACAUACAGACGUCUGACAUAGAGAGGCCUUACUAUAUAGAUUUAUUCUUUAAUUUUUGUAUAAAAUUUUUUUAGGAAUUCAAAUUUUUUUUUUUUAGAUUUAUACAACUGAAUUUAAGUUUUAGUUUCAGUUUAAUGAGCCACAGCAGCUGUAAUACAUAAUUGAGUUAUGUAAGCAUUUUCAGUGGUUAUUUAGUUUAAUAAAUAAUUUUUUAGAAUUUCCUUUUCAUGAAAAGCAUUAGUAAUUUCAUCCCCCAGUUUUGUUAAUCUUAUGUAGAAGAAUACUCAUAUUUUAGCUCAGCUAGUGUAGUUACUUGAUAUUUCUGUUUUAGGUACGGUACCAUAUGUGUUAUAUGUAAAAUAUGAAGUGCAGCCUGCACUACGUUUGAAAUAUUUGUUUACACCUUUAAUGGCUUAUUUCUAUUAUGUACCUGUAAAUAUGAGGCACAACUCAGAUGCAUAAAUAUUUCAAAAUCAUAACACUAUUAAAUAGCUCAUUAAUGCGCUUGUUGCCUUUUAUAUAGCAGUUUAAUAAUAAUUAUGGAAAAGUUGCAUAAUAAUAUGGCUAGGGUUUUAAGUGAUCACCUCAAUGCAUCUAGUAAGUAAUAUUUAAUAUAGCAAUGAUCUAAUGCCUUGUUCUGAAAGCUUGUUCAAAUUAACAUGGAUGUGAUCAGGUUCUCAAAAUGCAUUGCGACCAGCAGUAUCAUUACCAACGUAACAGCUUCCUAAUAUUUGCUUGGCGUAAUAAACUAGAAAGAUAUAUACAUCUACUACAAACAUUAUGAACAUUUCUCAGCCAUUUUUAAAUUUGUAUACGGUAUCUACAGUCGACCCUUUCCUACUGUAUUAUCCUCCACACCCGGGUCUUGGCCCUCAGGUUGUACUGGUAGUGUGACUUGGUGCACUCUACUGUACUUAUGUGAGGGAGUUAUCUGCUUAAAAUCUUCUAAGUAUCCUGUACUGUAUGACGUAAUAAUACUUCUGGACCUUGGGUCUAUUGCUCUGCCUAAAACUAGUUCUGUCUUUUGAGAAGUAAAUGAAGUUACUUUGCAUAUUAAUCAUCAUGAAUAAACUCUCAUGCAGUUCUACAGUACUUAUGUUGUUAGUUCUGUAUUAAAAGUGACCAUUACUACAGCUUGUAAACUAUAUACUCUACAGUACAAGUAUAAACAAUUAUGAAGUUAUAAUAGGUGAUAUAUAUAUAUAUAUAUAUAUAUAUAUAUAUAUAUAUAUAUAUAUAUAUAUAUAUAUAUAUAUAUAUAUAUAUAUAUAUAUAUAUAUAUAUAUAUAUAUAUAUAUAUAUAUAUAUAUACAGUACUGUCCAUAAAGAACUAAGAUUAUAGUAGCCACACCUCUUUAUUCCAUCAGACUAAUAUAGUGCUGUAAAUAAUUCUGAGGUGCUGUGAGAUGAUUGUAGGAAAAAAAAUGGUAGCAUACUGCAUGAAGAUGUAUUGGGGCAUAUACAGCAUUUUGGAGGUUUCAUUUAAAUACAGUACUGUACUGCAUUUGCUAUCAUUGAAGGAACUGGUCCUAUAAGUUCUGUUUGAGAGAUGAGCCCUGUGUUGAAUUUUAAGUUUUACAUCACUCACUAAAUUAAGAACUUUGAGAUUGUAUAAGACAGGUGUAGAUAAUUAUAACAUUGUCAGUCUUCACAUUGCAGUAUUUAUACAGAUGUAUAUUUGUGCUUAGUGACUGAGUUUUAUUCAGUCCACAUUAAUUUAUCCAUAAUAAAAUCACUAGUGAGAAUGCUAUGAAUUAAUUGUGCAUUGUAAUUGAUGUCUAAUUACCAUAUGUCUAUGCCAUAUUUAACUGCACAGUUUAGCUACAUGGGAAAACAAACAAUAUUAUAUUUUUUCAACUUUCAGAAAUGCAACAACAGGCUACUGCUGUUUAAUAUAUCACUUGAUAUAUUUUCUCAAUCAUUCUUUUUAUACCUCCUUUCACAAUGUGUUUGUACACCCGAGAAUUUAAAUUGUCUCGUAGAUUUUAAGAAUUUGUUGUGAUUGUAACGUGUGAUUAAGUUGGAUGUCAGAAACUUUGACAUUAAAACAGUUCUAUAAUAGACUUGGUAGAUUUUGUUUCUUGGUUUGCCAUAUGAUGUAUGUAUGCCGUCCUUUUGAAUGAAUAAAGGAUAUUUACCAUGUAUUUUUUCUCACUGUAGAAUAGUUAAAAUGUCGUGAGGAAGAUGAAAAAAGGGAAAUGUCAACAACAAAUAUACUGUAAGACUGAGGAAAAGAAGAGAAAUAAAGAUAAAAGAGAGAG